ACCGAGCCUGCGGCCGCCCCGGAAGAAGCUGUGUCUCGUCCCGGACCGAGCACCUGCCGGCGGCCUGCGGACAACGGACGGCCCCUCCCGGGAAAGCUCAUGUUUGUUCGUCCUGAAGAGGAAGAUCAGCUUGGAGGAGGAUGGAUGCCAAAGCUCGGAACUGUUUGCUCCAGCACAAGGAAGCCCUGGAAAGAGACAUCAAGACUUCCUACCUCAUGGAUCACUUGAUUUCUGAUCAGGUUCUUAGUUUAUCAGAGGAGGAGAAAAUAAGAAAUCAGCCUACCCAAAAGAAGAGAGCAUCUAUGCUAAUUAGGGUGUUACUUGCAAAAGAUAAUAACUCAUACAUAUCUUUCUACAAUGCUCUUCUACAUGAAGGCUACAAGGAUUUGGCUUUCCUUCUCCAAGAUGGUAUUCCUCUUGCUUCAUAUAAUGGAAAGGAUUCUGUGGAUGGAGUGACUUCAUAUGUGAAGACAGUGCUGUGUGAAGGUGGUGUACCACAGAGGCCUGUUGUAUUUGUGACCAGGGAGAAGCUGGUGAACUCGAUCCAGGAAAAGCUUUAUAAACUCAAAGGUGAACCUGGAUGGGUCACAGUCUAUGGAAUGGCAGGCUGUGGGAAAUCUGUCCUAGCCGCAGAAGCUGUCCGGGACCACAGCCUCUUAAAAAGUUGCUUCCCAGGAGGCGUGCAUUGGGUCUCCAUCGGCAAACAGGACAAAUCUGGGCUCCUGAUGAAACUCCAGAAUCUGUGCACACGGCUGGACCAGGAUGGUGCUUUUUCCCAGAGACUCCCGCUGAACCUUGAGGAAGCCAAAGACCGCCUCCAUUUCUUAAUGCUGCGCAAGUGCCCAGGGUCUCUUUUGAUCUUGGAUGACAUUUGGGAUUCGUGGGUGCUAAAAGCUUUUGACAGUCACCAUCAGAUCCUUCUCACGAGCAGAGAUAAGAGUGUGACCGACUCGGUGAUGGGUCCCAAAUAUGUCGUCCCUGUGGAGAGUGGCUUAGGAAAAGAGAAAGGAUUGGAAAUCUUGGCACUCUUUGUUAAUAUGAAGAAAACAGACCUGCCCGACCAAGCUCAUAGUAUUGUGAGGGAGUGUAAAGGUUCCCCUCUUGUAGUAUCUUUAAUUGGUGCUCUAUUACGUGAUUUCCCCAAUCGCUGGGGCUACUACCUCAGGCAGCUUCAAAAUAAGCAGUUUAAAAGAAUUAGGAAGUCUUCAUCUUAUGACUAUGAAGCCUUAGAUGAAGCCAUGUCCAUAAGCGUGGAGAGACUGAGGGAAGACCUCCAGAAGUAUUAUAAGGACCUUUCCAUCCUGCAGAAGGAUGUUAGAGUACCUACCAAGGUAUUAUGUAUUCUUUGGGACAUGGAGACUGAAGAGGUUGAGGACAUCCUACAAGAAUUCAUUAAUAAAUCACUCCUGUUCUAUGACCGAAAUGGAAAGUCAUUCCGUUAUUAUUUACAUGAUCUUCAGAUUGAUUUCCUUGUGGAGAAGAACCGCGACCAGCUCCAGGAGCUGCACAGAAAGGUGGUGACUCAGUUCCAGAGAUAUUUCAAGGUACACUCCCUCACUUCCGACCAAGAAGACUCCAUGUACUGGUACAGCUUUCUGGCAUAUCACAUGGCCAGUGCUGACAUGCGCCAAGAACUUUGUGAUCUACUGUUUUCCCUAGAUUGGAUUAAAGCAAAGACUGAGCUGGUGGGGCCUGCUCAUCUGAUACAUGAGUUUAUGCAGUAUGGCCAUCUACUGGAUAAGAAGGAUUGCUCCGUGUGUGAGAAUUUUCAAGAGUUUUUAUCUCUCAACGGACACCUUCUUGGACGCCAGCCGUUUCCCAAUAUUGUGCAGCUAGGUCUCUGUGAACCAGAAACUUCUGAAGUGUACCGGCAAGCCAGACUACAGGCCAAGCAGGAGGUCGAUAAAGGGGGGCUUUACUUGGAAUGGAUAAACAAAAAAACCAUCAAGAAAUUCUCCCGUUUAGUUGUCCGCCCCCACACAGAUGCUGUUUAUCAUGCCUGCUUUUCAGAGGAUGGGCAGAGGAUCGCUUCCUGUGGUGCUGAUAAAACCUUACAGGUGCUGAAAGCAGAAACGGGAGAGAAGCUCCUGGAAAUCGAAGCCCAUGAGGACGAAGUGCUUUGUUGCGCUUUCUCCAAGGAUGGUAGAUUCAUAGCGACCUGUUCAGUGGAUAAGAAAGUAAAGAUUUGGAAUUCAAAGACUGGGGAGCUGGUACACACCUAUGAUGAGCAUUCGGAGCAGGUCAACUGCUGUCACUUUACCAAUAUGGAGAACCACCUCCUCUUAGCCACCGGAUCCAGUGACCAUUUCCUCAAACUCUGGGAUCUGAAUAAGAAGGAAUGUCGGAACACCCUGUUUGGUCAUACAAAUUCCGUGAACCACUGCCGAUUCUCACCUGAUGAUAAACUUCUGGCUAGUUGCUCAGCGGAUGGAACGUUGAGGCUUUGGGAUGUCAGUUCAGCCAAUGAAUGGAGCAGCAUUGACGUGCGGCAGCACUUCCUCAAUUCUGACGGGUUUCAGGAAGAUGUGGACGUGAUGGUGAAAUGCUGCUCCUGGUCCAGCGAUGGGGCACGGGUGAUGGCCGCUGCUGCCAGCAGGCUCUUGAUUUUUGAUGUCCAUAGCAGGAGCCUGGUAGGAGAAAUCCACACUGGUCACAGCAGCACCAUCCAGUACUGUGACUUCUUUCCCAAGAGUCAUCUCGCUGUGGUAGCUCUGUCCCACUACUGCGUGGAGUUAUGGAAUACGGAUACAGGUUUAAAAGUAGCAGAUUGCCGAGGUCACCUGAGUUGGGUUCACUGUGUAGCAUUUUCUCCUGAUGGAUCUUCAUUUUUGACGUCUUCUGAUGAUCAGACAAUCAGGCUUUGGGAGACAAGAAAAGUGUGUAAGAAUUCAGCUAUCAUGUUAAAGCAGGAAGUAGAUGUUGUAUUCCGGGAGGAUGAAGUAAUGGUUCUUGCAAUUGACAAUGUACGACGCUUACAACUAAUUAAUGGAAAAACAGGUCAUACCGAUUAUCUGACAGAAGCCCAGAAAUCUCGAAUUAGCUGCUGUUGUCUGGGUCCAGACCUGCACUAUGUGGCAUUGGGAGAAGAAGAUGGGUCUGUAAAGAUUUUAGAGCUCCCCAAUGGAAGAGAGUUUCGAUCUCGAAUGGGGCACGAGAAAGCUGUACGGCGGGUGCAGUUCACAUCUGAUGGGAGGACUCUGAUUUCGAGCUCUGAUGAUUCUACAGUUCAGGUGUGGAACUGGCAGUCGGAGGAGUUUGUGUUUCUCAAAGCGCACCAAGAGCCCGUGAAGGACUUUAGGCUCCUGCAGAAUUCACGGCUCCUGACUUGGUCAUUUGAUGGCACAGUGAAGGUUUGGAAUAUCCUUACUGGCAAAGUAGAGAAGGACUUUGUUUGCCACCGAGGUACAGUUUUAUCCUGUGAUGUUUCUUCUGAUGGCACCAAGUUUUCAUCUGCCUCUGCUGACAAGACUGCAAAGAUUUGGAGCUUUGAGAGCCGACUGGCUCUUCACGAGCUGCGGGGUCACGAAGGCUGUGUGCGAUGCUCUGUCUUCUCUGGGGAUAGCACCCUCCUGGCGACAGGAGAUGACAACGGAGAAAUCAGGAUAUGGAACGUCUCCACUGGCGAGCAGCUUCAUUCCUGUGUUCCUGUGACUGUGGAGAAAGGAGAGGCCACCUACGUGGGCUGGGUGACCGACCUGCGCUUUUCUCCUGAUGGCAGAAUGCUCGUGUCAGCUGGGGGCUACCUGAAGUGGUGGAACGUGGACACCGGCGAAUCCCUGCAGACCUUCUAUACGAACGGAACUAACCUCAAGACAAUACUCGUGUCUCCUACUUUCAAAACAUAUGUGACUGUUGAUAACCUUGGAAUUUUAUAUGUCCUGCAAACAUUAGAAUGAUAUUGCUAUGCUCAGUGUAAGUCAUCCUUGACUGCUUGUGGCUAGGUGCUUUGGAAUUGGGGGUGGGGGAGGUCCCACUCAGACUCUGUAUGUCAAGUUUUACUAAACUGUGAAUCAUUUUGCAGUAUUGAAUUCAUUACACGUGCUUGUUGUCAGAUGAAUAAUGUUUAUGUAGAUUUUUCCCCAAAUGAGUGCACCUUUAAUCUUGUUUUCCAUAAUCAUUAUUAUUGUUAACAGUUUGUACUUUUGGAUGCAAAAGAAAAUUUAUGUAGCUUGUUAUACUGUUGAUAUAAUUCUAUUUUCAGAUAUAUUCAAAUUGAUUGACAUAAUUAAUGAGGCUCAGUAAAAAGAGAAUAGAUAUCUGGAAAGUAGGAUAAAUGCCUUUCAGGCUUGGAGGGGUCGAUCUAGAGAGGUGCCUUCACAAAGCACCUCUUACCUCCCUUCCCCCCACCCCCGCCACAUUGUGGGAGAAGGCAUUUAAGUGAAAGAGACUCUCUUUUAAUUUAUCAUGUUUUGUAACUCAUAAAUGUGCUUUAUGAGAAGCAGUGUAUUGUAGCAGCUGGUGGGCUGGCCGGCCUUGGGAUCAGACGGAAGACACGGGGUCACUUCCUGCCUCUGCUGUAUAGGGGAAAGUCAUUUAAUUUGUCAGUGUCCCAGGCAAUUCUUUAAGACUGUAAAUGGCAGAU